AUGUCCUCAGUAGUAUAUAAACCCCUCUGGGCUCUGCGUGGCAGCGAGACAAAUUUUGAAAGAUGUAGAAGAUAUCAAGAGGAAGAGGGCGAGGAAACAUGGUCACCUUUUGAAGAUGCCGAAGAAUGGGAUUUGGCCCAGUGGCUCAUAAAAAACCUUGGUCAGACACGGACUGAUGAGUUCUUGAAGUUACCAAUAACACAAAAUCGCACUAAAGUCUCCUUUCAUAACAACCGCUCGUUCUUGCAGAGGGUCGACCAACUACCACAUGGACCAGAUUGGAGCUGCAGGAAGGUUACCGUGCGUGGUAACCAUGAUGAUGAGAACGGGGUACCAUUGCAAGAGGACAUCGAACUUUGGAGCCGUGAUCCUUUGGAGUGUGUCAAAGAGCUUAUCGGCAACCCUUUGUUCAAGGAGGAUAUUGCAUACUCACCUGCCAGAGCAUAUGCAGAUGCUGCGGGGCAACACAGAGUGAUCAAUGAGAUGUGGACGGCAGACUGGUGGGGUGAGACACAAAAAGCCUUGCCCAAAGGUGCGACUAUAGCACCAAUUAUUCUAUCGUCAGACAAGACCUGCUUGUCGCAGUUCCGAGGGGACAAGUCUGCGUGGCCGGUGUACAUGUCUAUUGGCAACAUAUCCAAAGCAAAAAGGCGUCAAGCAUCAGCACGAGCAACUGUCCUCAUCGGUUACUUACCUGCAGGGAAGUUGGACUGCUUCACCUCAGAUGCACGCUCCCUGGCCGGAUACAGGCUGUUUCAUCAUUGCAUGAGUCUACUCCUCCACCCUCUCAUAGCCGCGGGACGAGACAGUGUUGAAAUGGUCUGUGCAGACUCGCAGAUUCGGCGUGUCUACCCCAUACUGGCUGCGUAUGUCGCCGAUUUCCCGGAGCAGUGCUUGGUAUCUUGUUCCAAGGAGAAUCGCUGUCCAAAGUGUCUGGUAGCAGCAAAUGAGCGAGGCGAUGGACUCACCUCUGUGAAGCGUCAGCAUCCUCCGGAAUUUGAGGAAAACGGUCUACGUGCCAUUUAUAAACCAUUCUGGGCCGAUUUGCCUCAUUCCAACAUCUUCCUGGCAUUCACUCCCGAUCUUUUGCAUCAACUCCACAAAGGAGUAUUCAAGGACCAUCUUGUGAAGUGGUGUGUUGACAUUGUCGGCGAGGAAGAGAUGGACGCGCGAUUCAAGGCGAUGCCGGAUUAUCCGGGGCUCCGUCACUUCAAGAAAGGUAUAUCGGCUGUUAAACAAUGGACCGGAACUGAGCAUAAAGAAAUGCAACGAGUGUUUGUUGGGUUACUCACCGGAGCAGUGCCUAGCCGUGUCUUGGUAGUUGCGCGUUCAAUUAUUGACUUUUCCUAUUACGCGCAGCUGCAAACUCACACAAUGGACACGCUCAAAGCCCUACAGACUGCCCUGGGAGUCUUUCACGCCAACAAAGAUGUCCUGAAGGAACUCGCCGUUCGACAGCAUUUCAACAUACCGAAGUUACACCAAUUAACUCACUAUGUUAAUUCAAUCACGUUGUUUGGUGCUGCUGAUGGCUUUAAUACUGAGCUUCCCGAAUGCUUGCAUAUCGACUUUGCGAAGGACGCUUACCGUGCAAGCAACAAACGUGACUAUGAGGAACAAAUGGCCUUGUGGCUUCAGCGCCAGGAAGCUGUGUUUUUGCGUGGUCGCGGAGAGCAUCAUAUGUUUGACUCGGACUCAGACUCCGAGUCUGAAGAAACAGACUCUCCCAAGUCAAACACAGCACUGAUAUCGCCAUUGGCCGCUGCCGAAGAAGUUCAAGUGACCCAGCACAUCGUUGCGAAGGUUCCAGCAUAUCCUAACCAAACUGUUGCAAGAAUUACGACAGCCUAUGGUGCCACUGAUUUCCUCGCUGCUCUCCAAACGUUUCUUCGCAAGAACCUCCUGCACAACACCAUCGUACCUAGCCUUUAUGACCGUUUUGAUGUUUAUCGUCAUGUGGUCAUCAUAGCGCCACCAGAUCGACGAGUCAGCGAUACACCUAAACGGUGGCACGUUAGAGCAACACCCGAAGUUGCUGCAUCAGGGCGGAAUCCUGGUCGUCCGGCUUGUUUUGAUAUGGCACUGAUAUCAGACAGGCCUCGGUCUUCACGCUUGCGCGCUCUUGAUGAUGUGCGAGUGGCUCAGGUUCGCACUAUAUUCUCCCUCCCUCGUCAAUUCGGCACUUACAACAGGGCCCUCGCUUAUAUCGAGUGGUUUACGCCAUUCAGACCUCCAGAUCCCCCCUCUCAAAUGCGACAGGUCUCCCGCUCGACACGCCAACUCCGCCGCAAUGCGGCAGUAAUCCAUGUCGAUGAAAUGGUGCGACCGUGCCAUCUAAUACCAAAGAUGGGCCAUUCAGUGGAUGCGAGGUUGAGAAGUGGAAACGGAUAUGAGGUGGCGAGUGAUUUUUAUUUUAACGAGUUCAUUGACGGCGAGAUGUUUGUGCGUACUGAAGUAUACACACAAUUGUACUUACAUAGGCCAAACGAAAUGUAUCUGCACGAAUUGGACAAGAGUUCGUGUAUGUGGGCUUGUAAAAAGUUUGCCAAGGAUGACAUGGGCAUGAGAGAUUGUUGGAUGGGACAUCUGAAACGCCAGAACGAAGAAAAGUCAGGGAAUGAAUACUUUCACUUGAUAGAGACGACAAAUGAUGUGGCCAUAUCUUGAGAUGUAGUCCGAGUUGAGCAGAGCGGCUAGCUGCAACGUCCAUAAUUAAACAGCGGAGUCGAUCAAUACCAAAACUCGGUGCUGACUACUAACAAAUAGCUAGACGCUUGCGACCAUGCAGAUGAAUCUCCAAGUCAUAUUUAUUGAGGUUAGAAUGCACGCUCUCGUGAAGACUCGUGACAAUGGCUGCUUGAGAUGAAUCGAUGAAACUUGAUAUCGACAGAGGGUGAGAGGUACUUGCGAAUCGCGAUGGUGUGCUGCAGCCUGCCAGUACUAGCCACAACAGUUGGACCCAUGUGUGUCAUUAUGGACGUUCAAAGCUUGUUUUCGACGUUGGAGUUGC